AUGUCGAAUAUUGUUGGAAUUGAGUAUAACCGUGUUACCAACACCUCUUCGAACGACUUCCCUGGCUUUUCUAAGGACCUAGAUGGGGCCUGGGACGUCGAGAAAUUUAAGAAUACUUUUGAUGUGAAGAUUUCCAGUUUGAACGACAGAGAAGCAAAUUUCGACCUUAUUCACAUUGACACUUCAAUUGCCAACGCAUUCAGAAGAAUUAUGGUUUCAGAAGUUCCAUCUGUUGCUGUGGAAUACGUAUAUUUCUUCAACAACACGUCCGUUAUCCAGGACGAAGUUCUUGCGCACAGAAUCGGUUUGGUACCACUUAAGGUCGACCCCGACAUGCUGUCUUGGAUAGAUACAUCGUUGCCCGAAGAAGAAAAGUUUACCGACGAAAAUACGAUUGUUUUAACGCUCAACGUGAAAUGCACGAAAAACCCAGAUGCACCAAAGGAUGCCACAGAUCCCGAGAUUUUGUACCGUAGCUCUAGCGUAUACGCGCGUGAUCUCAAGUUCGAGCCUCAAGGCAAGCAAGUCGAAACUUUUGCCAAAUGUCCAGUGGUCGCUGCUGACCCCAAUAUCCUUUUAGCCAAGCUACGACCUGGUCAAGAGAUCUCUCUUAGAGCGCAUUGUAUUCUGGGUGUUGGAAAUGACCACGCCAAGUUUUCCCCUGUAUGCACAGCCUCUUACCGCCUCAUGCCGCACAUCAACAUUACCCAGCCUAUAACAGGUGAAGACGCCAAGAAAUUUGCCAAGUGCUUCAGUGAAGGUGUUAUCGGCAUUGACAGCAACGGUCAGGCCGUUGUUAAGGAUGCUAGGCAUGAUACCGUUUCCAGGGAAGUGCUAAGACAUGAAGAGUUCAAUGGCAAAGUCAAACUUGGUAGGGUCAGAGACCACUUUAUAUUCAACGUCGAAAGUUCUGGGGCAAUGACUCCAGAGGAGAUUUUUUUCAAAAGUGUUCGGAUCUUGAAGAAUAAAGCUGAGUACUUGAAGAACUGUCCUAUCUCGUGA